AUGCAUUGCACGCGCAUUUCUCUCUCGUUACGUCACUCACGAAACGCAACUGUAUAUAUGUAUAGGAUCGUAAACCUUCCGGUGAAAAUAGAACUCGUGAAACUCCACAAACGAGAACACAAAUCUGAACCGUUUUUACGAGUCAACAAAUUCGGGCAAGUGCCAGCGCUCUGUGUGGAACGACAGAAAGGACAGGUAAAGUUCGUCCUGAGCGAAAGCUCGGCGAUCUUGAAAUACUUAUCCGAAAAGUAUCCUUCGAUUGUUUCCGAGUCGAAAAUGUACUCUGAUGAUUUAAGAGAGAAGGCGAAGAUUUGGUCCGCUUUAGAUUGGUACCAGACGACUAUUCGAUCUUCGGCGGCGGGCGUGUCGUGGCACGCGUUCGUCGCCGGGAAUAUGGGAGGUAAGGUAUCGCUCGAGUUGGCGAAACAUUACGAAGAGCGGUUGAAAAUGAGCCUGGAUGUUUUAGAAACAUUAAGAUUGGGUGAUACGUUUCCUUUUUUGAACGAAAGGGAACAUCCCUCCAUCGCGGAUUUGCUCGUAAUUGAAGAUAUCGUAAACUUAGUCGUGUUGAAAGGUUCGCCGUUUCGAGAGGAACUCUCGUCGCUGGACCAGUUGUUAGCGGAACGUCCGCGAGUACGAAAAUGGAGAGACGCCGUCAUGCGGAUAAAUAAACCGUUAUGGGAUGAAAUACACGGAGUGCUCGAGAUGGUCGCCGAGAAUGCUUCGAAGAAGAUUGAUAGUGAGAGUCGUCGUCGUCGUUUCGACGAUGUCGCUUCGAUGUCGCGUUUGUAG